AUUCCAAAUCAGUAGUGAUUGAGUGUAGUCAAAACCCAUCAUUCUUGAACACAACACAUAACCGUUUCUUUUAAAGCAUCAUCAUCAACAUUCAACCUAACAUUCAUUAUCGCUCAUGAAAUGUCACUCUUCAAGUUAGAUUAAUUCUUCACCACCAUGAUUAGUUAUUAUUUUAUUUUCUAAAAUUUAAAUGUCAAAAAAGGAAGAAGAAAAAAAGAUGGCCACGUCAUCAAAAAUCGCUUUUAUAUACGACCACAACUUCUUCAACAAGCUAGAAUCAGAAACUCAAACUCUAAGUAAGAAAAAAUGGAUGUAGAGAAAGUGUUCCACAUGACUGGAGGAAUUGGCAAAACAAGCUAUGCCAAAAACUCCUCACUUCAGAAAAAAGUAUCAGAUAAGGUGAAACACAUUCUGAUAGAAGCAGUUGAGGAUCUUUACAUUGAAACAACUCCAAAGAGUAUAGGCAUUGCUGAUUUGGGUUGUUCUUCUGGACCAAACACUCUCUCAAUCAUCAAAGACAUCUUCCAAACAAUUCAAUCAACAAGUCACAAAAUCAGGCACCACUCUACUGAAUUCCGAGUCUACUUUAACGAUCUUCCAACUAACGAUUUCAAUUCAAUCUUCAAAGCUUUGCCUGAGUUUCAAAAGUUGCUUAAUCAAGAUAGGAAAAACGAGUUUCCGUCCAUUUUCAUGGGAGGUUACCCUGGUUCAUUUUAUGGAAGAUUGUUCCCUAAUUGUUACUUGCACUUUGUUCAUUCUUCCCAUUGCUUACACUGGCUCUCAAGGGUUCCUCCGGGAAUCUAUGAUGAGGAGAAAAAGUCUUUGAACAAAGGUUGUGUUUACAUUUGCGAUAAAAGUCCUCAACUGGUUUCUGAAGCGUAUUAUCAGCAGUUUCAGGAAGAUUUUUCGUUGUUCCUUGAAUCAAGGUCUGAAGAAUUAGUUGUCGGUGGAAAAAUGGUGUUGACGUUUUUAGGAAGAAAGGGACCUCAACAUGUUGACAGAGGCAAUUCAUUCCUCUGGGAGAUUCUUACUCGUGCAUUUACUAUUCUAGUCUCACAGGGGGAAAUAGAAGAGGAGGAACUUGAUUCAUAUGAUGUGCAUUUCUAUGCACCAUCAAGAGAAGAAUUAGAAGAUGAAAUAAGGAAAGAAGGGUCAUUGGAAAUGGAGAAGUUGGAAAUGUUUGAGAUAGACAAGGAGCAAGGGAGGGAGAGUCAUGGUACAGAGUUUGCAAAAGCAGUUAGAGCUGUCCAAGAAUCAAUUAUCUCUAAUCACUUUGGAGAAAGGAUUUUGGACAAUUUGUUUGAGAUUUUUGCAACAUUGGUGGAUGAAGAGUUUGCAAAGGAGGAUAUUAAACCAAUCACUUUUGUUCUUGUUCUUCGAAAAGUAUGAAUGGUGUAAAAAACAUUAUGGUAUAUUUUUGUUGGAAUUGAUGGGAUGAUUUUAAAUUUUAUGCACUAAGUGUAUAUUUCUUCCUCUAAUUAGUCAAAUAUGUAUAAGUGUCUUUCCUUCUUGUAUGCACACUUGCAGUGGAGUUAGGAAGGACUUAGAAAUUUGUAUCUUUUCACUUUAAAGUAGUAAUAUAUAUUAGACAUAACUACAAGUUUUGAAAUUGCUCAAACCCAUCAAAAAUCGUCUCAACUUUAGUGGUAAAACUAUGCUACACCGAUAUUUAAAGUUGUUGGAGGAGGAUGGGGAUGUUUAUAUUUGUCCCUGUAUAAUUAAGCCCAUGCAAAAACAAAAUCAUAAAGGCCCCAUAGUAAAAGAAGGGGCGUGGAUAGUUGAAACUGAGGUGACAAGAGCUAAGGGAGUGAUCAAGGCUCCAAAGAAGCUUGAAGACUACUUCAUCCAUUUGGAGGCUAGUGAGGUGAUCCUGGAAAUGUGGGAGUUGCAAGAGAAAAGCCGGAUUCUGUUAGUUAUUGGAGGUAGAUGAGAAUAAUUCAGUUGUGAUUAGUAGUGUAUGAAUCCAUUAUAAAUUCUAUUGUAUACACCAUUCGAGGAUUAUCAAUGAAAUUAUCAUUCUUGUA